AACGGCACCGUUCAGGGCACCCGGCAGGACCACAGCCGCUUCGGGAUUUUGGAGUUUAUUAGCCUGGCAGUGGGGCUGGUGAGCAUCCGUGGGGUGGACUCUGGACUCUACCUCGGCAUGAAUGAGAGGGGCGAGCUGUAUGGGUCGAAGAAGCUGACACGGGAGUGCGUUUUCCGGGAGCAGUUUGAGGAGAACUGGUACAACACGUAUGCCUCGACCCUGUACAAGCACCCGGACUCGGAGCGGCAAUACUAUGUGGCUCUGAACAAGGAUGGCUCUCCCCGCGAGGGCUACAGGACUAAGAGACACCAGAAGUUCACUCAUUUUCUACCCCGGCCUGUGGACCCUGCCAAAAUCCCUGCCAUGUACAGAGACCUCUUCCACUACAGGUGAUGGUUCCUGCAGCUGCCCCGUCAGUGUACAUACUUGGGCUCCCAAGCUUUUUCCCAGAGCACUAUAUUAAUAGUCAUUCCAUCAUUCCUGUAAGCAUAGAUGACCUAGGGAAGCACUUACAUUGAAUUCAGACACUGCUGUUCCUCCUUGUUUCCAGCAUAUAUGGAACGUGCGUUAUUUAUGGGGGGGUAGGGGAAGGGAGGGAGCCCUACAUGUAACCUUUCAUUUUCGUUCACUUUCUUUGCCUGGUUGCUACAAGAGAGGCCAAAUAUUCAAUGUUAUGGUUACUUAAAGGAACAAGCAGGUGAGCAAACCUGAUCGCCAGGUGGGAAAAAACCCAGCCCAAAACAACCUAAAAAUUAAGAGAAGAAAACAAAAGA